AGGAAAAGCCCAGAUCUUUCAGUGUACCCAGAUUUCUGGGAGGACUCGAGAACCCAGAACCCGGGCGGUACUCGCAGGCAGGCAAAGAGACGGCAAACGGAGAGUUGUAAGUCACUUCUAUUUGCACGGCGUUGUGUGUAAUUGGGACUGUGCAUCUGUGUUAACUGCCAUCUUCGGUGUAGUUUGUCUUUUUAUUGGAAUAGUCCGAGGUAUUGAAGAGGUCUUUUGCUAUGUCUGGAUCAAAGAAAAGCGCGAGUUACGGUGGUGGUAAUGAGACUGGGAAGCGAAACCUUCCUUCAUGGAUGAGUUCAAGAGAGAAUGAGGUUGGUGACGAUGAGGAAAGUUAUAAGGGUGAAAACCAUAAGCAAGCUAAAGGGCGCGGUAAAGAACAUACAGGCUCCUCAAAUCUCUCCAAACUUCUGGAAGGUGUAGUGUUUGUGUUGUCAGGGUUUGUUAAUCCUGAGCGUGGUAUUUUGCGAUCACAAGCACUGGAAAUGGGAGCAGAGUAUCGGCCGGACUGGAACUCGGAUUGCACUCUCUUGGUUUGUGCAUUUCCCAACACCCCAAAGUUUAGACAAGUCGAGUCAGAUUGCGGGACUAUUGUUUCGAAGGAGUGGAUAUCUGAGUGUUAUACACAGAAGAAGCUUGUUGACAUUGAAAGCUUUCUUAUGCAUGUUGGCAAACCAUGGCGGAGAAGGGACAUUCCCAUUGAAAGCCAAGAUCAAAAGGCAUCACCACACAAAAAACCUGAGAAGAAAGCUGAAAGAGGACGGCAUUCAAAGCCAAUUGCUCCGGUAUCCUCAGAGCAUCACCUAGCUUCCAAUACUGCCAACGAGUGUUUUUCUCCUUCUGAAGUGAAGAGGUGGGCUGUCAAUGAUUUGAAUAGAACCAUCAGAUGGCUAGAGAGUCAAGAUGAAAAGGUAUGA